AUGGCGCUCAUCCAACCCAUGUUCCAAGCCGGGGUGAGACCUGCAACGUCCCACUGGGUACAGGUCUCCAGGCCGGGCGAAAGAGAUACAGGCUUUGGAAAAAGCCAGGGCUCUGACAGCUUGCGCCGCUUGCGCACAGAACGAAGUCUUGGGGCCCUUUUGCUGGGUGCAAGCCUUAGCGGCCUUGGGGCAGGCUUUUGUAGGUCGAGCUCUAGCAAACACCGCAGAGCACGAAGCCCUGUUUAUGCUUCGCAGUCUGAUGUCGAGCACGGGGUGUCAGACCAGCUUGUGAGGUAUAUGGGUGGCAAUGUUGUUGUUCGCGCUGUUUGUGCAACCGAACUUGUGCAAAAGGUGGUUGGCCAGCAUCAGUGUUCCGCCAUGGCUGGCAUUGCACUUGGGCGGGCAUUGAUGGCAACAACCCUUUUGGCGAAUGGUCGAGACGAAGGGGAGAGUUUGCAGUUGAGGAUACAGGGUGAUGGACCCAUUGGUUCUAUCAUCGCAGAGGCUUCCUCAGCUUUGACUGUUCGUGGCAUGGUUGGCAACCCUAUGGCCGAGGCAUCCUCAGUCCCAGAGCUUGUCGGCUUGGGAGCUGGUUCCACGCUGCGGUUGACCAGGACGCAUCCCUAUUGGAAACGGCCUUAUACAGGCACUAUAGCCCUGAAGUGUGGCGAGAUAGCGGAGGAUGUUGUUCAGUACCUGGGAAUGAGCGAGCAAACCCCAGCAUCCAUGGGCUUGAGCGUAGAGUGGGACUCUGAGGCAGGCUGCGUCAAGCAAGCCGAGGGUUGGCUCGUCACUCUUCUUCCUGGAUGGGAAGAGGCUGAAGUGGCAGUAGUUGAGACCAACAUCAAUACAUUUGAUCGGAUGGAGUCCAGCGGCUUGUCUCGUCCCCAUGAUAUUUGCAAGCACAUGAUGCGCGAACUUCGUGGCAAAUUCCAAGCUGAGCAGGAACCAACCUUUCGCUGCAAGUGUUCGAAGUCCAGGCUGGCCACGGCUGUUAUGAUGCUGGGCAAGUCGGAGGUGCAGAAAAUUCUUCUCGACAAGGAAACGAUUCAGGCACAGUGUGAUUGGUGCGGAAAUCCUUUGACCCUAACCCCAGAGGAGGUGCAACAACACCUUACCAGUGACGAGGGCCAGCAAGAAAUAGCAACAAGCAGCUACACACCCAGGCAAUUGAAGCUUAAGGAGGAGGAACUCAAAGCAAUGCCAGCAACUGGCAACGCUGAUUGGAGCUAA